UCCACCGAACGAUGUCAACAACGAGUAGUCGAUUGCAUUUAAAAGACUGGAAACAACUUUUGACCGAUAUUCGAAAGAGUAUUACAAAUGGCACCAUAGACAAACUGUUUGAAAAUGAAGACUUUGUUUUCGACUUGUUAAAGUUGAUGUAUGAAGAUGCAGUGGACACUGCCGCUAAGACAGAGUACCUCGCCACCCUUGAACAGUUUGCUUCAGAGGCUCUCAGUGCAAGCAGUGUCGACCAAGCUGCCUCAACAUUGUUGAACAUCUUCCAGCGGUACCGGUCCCGGGACGAUUACGUCAAUGUCUGUGUCCAGCUCCUCAUCACUGUGACAACCCUGACUGUCAGCAGUGAAGCAAUUUCACGUGACGUGUGCGUGUCUGUUGUUGACGCUCUGUGGGGUGUUGCUGCCAGUGUGAAUGAUGUUGCAAGUCGCCGAUUGCGAGGUUGUGCCUGCCAGUGUCUGUAUCAGUUGGAGGAGUUUGUACCAGGUGUGUUGUGGAAGUGGAAAGACAGUGUCCUCCAGGCUGCUCGAGAAGACAGAACAGACGUUUGUCAGGACUACGUUUGUCUGCUCGCCAAAAUCCUACAUCACAUGACACAAGCUGGAACUGAACAAGAUAGCACAGAACAGAAUGUGAAACUUCAGCGUUUGAAUUCUGAUCCCCCCAUCUUGUCCCAGGAGUUACUUCCCCCUGUUUCCUUCAUUAUGGAUGUCUGUGCAAUACUGACACCUGCUGGGUUGUGGAACAUUGUCUUGUCAUUAGUGGCAACCCUACGCAAAGCUCCUCAGAUAUCACCUUCAAUAUUCAAGCCACUGAUGCUGCAUCACAUGGCUACACUCGACCCAACUGUUUUACACAUCAUUGUGUACUUGCAGAUGGAGUAUUCCACUGAAACUUUGUCUGAAUCUGAGGAAAACAAACUUUUGUCAAGACUUGUCAUAGGUGUCAAUCAUGCUGCACUGAGCCCCGCCCAUCGUCUGCUACUUCUGCAAUGGAUCAAGGGAUACUCUAAGAAGAGAGAUCAGAAGAUGACAGCCGUAUCACCUCACAUCAAGGACAAACUAUUCAGCAAGUUCUUUCCUUCAGUGUUUGACAGUCUCGACAUUCAUGCUGAAAAACUUUCUAUACUGAAUCAUUGUUUAGCUGGUAAAAAAGACUGCUGUGGUGAACUACUGAGCAGUUUACAGUACCUGCAGAAGCUGGUUCAACUCACGGGAGAGGUAAAGGCCACACUGGCAUUCUUCAAGUCUCUGUUCCGGUUUUAUCAAUUGCAGAACAAUGAGCAAAUCACACAGGCUAUAUUGAAGAUCACCCUUGAUGUGAUAGCAAAAUUUCCUCACCUCAUUCCACUUGUCAUGGACUUUCUGCAGUGUAUAAAAGAAUCCAUUCCUGAAAGGUCUGUGUACAUGGAUAUCUUAUCAUCUCUACAUACACAUGUAUUGGAGGCUUCACCAGAAACUGUUUUACAGCAAUAUGAAUACUAUCUCCAAGUGUUCAAAACAUCGGCUAAAGAGAAGGACAUCAACCAAGAAGAGACGUUGAAGUGCCUGCACCGUGUGGUGAAGUGUGUGGUGUGUUUGGAUCAGUGCAGCUGGUAUUUUGGCAGUGACGUCCUCGCAGUGUGUAGAAAUAUUCUUCUUCAUCAUUCAACUGACAGCAUAUUCUCGGUUCUAGGUGAGAUGCUGUUUGACAUGUUUCAUCAUUACAAUGACACGGACGUCCGAGACAGAGCACGAUUCUAUUACGCAUUGUUAACGGGAGCAUCCGAUAAAAAGAUACAAGAUGUGCUGAGUGCCAUGAUGCAAGGCGAAGCAGUAACAGAACAUAACUUCACAACUUUAUUACCAGGUACUCUGAGUGAGCCGGUGAAGACAGAAUUAAUUGAGACAGACCAUUCACUGUUUGUAUGGAGAAGGUUAACCCUUCAGCCCCGGAUCAGUGUCAGAGGUAUAGUGCAGGACAGUACAGAUAAACUCACACAUACAGAUUUUUUAACAAAUUAUUUCAAGAGACUGGAAUCUUUAGAGGUGGAAAUAGAAGUAAAGUAUUCCUUGAAGAUGAAUGCUGACUCUGAGUUUGAAGUUAUUCAUGCUGUGUCAAUCCACGUAGAAGCAUGUGAAAAAUACCAGCCUGUGAAAGAUAUUCACAUAGCCUGCAUGGAAAAAAAUGAUGAGAGACAAGUUUCAGUGAUAUUAAAACCCAGUGUUCCAAAGCCUGGCUGUUUUAAUAUAAGUGUUAUGUUUGCAUCAGAAACGAAAACGCACCUGACUGUUCUUCCUCAGUUGUGUCUUUCGUUUCCUGAUCUUCUCAUCCCGUUUCCAUGGCAACAGUUAAAUAUGAUGGAAGACGAUUUCAUAUCAGAAAGCUUCACCAGCUUGUGGGACUACUUCACUUGUGAUGAUCGACAGCCGAGUGAAUCUAUCCAGUCAAUAAAAAUCUUGCAGUGUCCUUUGAAAAGUAUACAGACAGUACUAAGUCCGUAUUGUGUGAAUGGAGACGUGUUGGAACAUCGCUAUGCCAUAUUUCUGCCAGGUCGGCAUCACCUACUGUUGAAGGUGAUGGAGCGAGCAGAUGAGGAGAAACUUGUGGUGAUGAUUGCUACGGACUACUGGCCAGUCCUGCCACACGUUAACUCAUACCUGGAGUCAGUACAGUGAACAGUGUGCACACAGACAGACAGCAAUACAGGACUUCCUCUAUACACAGUAUCAUAAUUUGUGAUGCCGAGGUGUAAUCACAAUCAUAGAAUUAAAGGCACAGACCAAAGCCUGUGAAAAUGGACAGUACGUUUAUAUAAUCUACACACCAGCGAAACAUUUGGAUACAGUUAUAACAGAGAGAAGAUGAAGUUUGUGAUGUUUAAACCUGAAAAUAUUGUCUAAAAAUAGAUCAGAGCCUGUCUUGAUAACCAUUACUGCUCAGACGAACGUGUUUUUAGAAUUAUGAAAAAUGCCAUUUUGGGUUAUUACAAAAACCGGGAUGACCAGAACCACUUCAGGUGUAUGACAAUGAAUAUUCUAAAUAAUAAAAUUGUGAGCCCUCUAUGUGCUAAGGCAUGAAUUCAAAGAAAUGUUCACAACAUAAGCAUCUGAACAUACAAGGAUGAACGGAUUGUGGACAAGAUGUUGGACAAUGGUAAACGUCGAUGACCUUUCAUCUCGUAACAAUUUCUAAAUUUCUAACUUUUGUGUGAAAAAGCUAAAACUGCAGUCCCCAGAUGUUAAGUCUUACUUCACAUAUUUCCUAAAUGUUCUUCUGUGGAAGCAUUUGAUCAUUGGUGAUUAUGAAAGGAACACUUUGAACAGUGUUCCUAGGAAAAUACAAGAUUAUUACUGGUAAUCACCGGUGUCAUGUUUACAUUUUGUCAAACCGCAUUCCACAAAUUUAAUAUGGUAUAUGUGCAUAUGUAAAUAUAUAUAUAUAUAUAUUGCCUGUGAUAAUACUCAAUUUGUAAAUGUUUUUUAAAAUUAUUUCUCCAAACCAAAUUGAAAUAAAAAUAUACUAAACAUU